CUCGGUCAAUGUAGUCUGCAAAAAAGCAAGCCCGUGCGUGCUGUGUUCCAUGGAUGAGGAAAGUAAGGACUAUUGUCGACGAACCGGCUAUCGAGAGGAGGUAAGGUGCGAGCCUGCACUUGAAGUGGAGAGCGAGGAGAGAGAGGGAGAUGGAGAUGGAGAUAGAGAAGGAGAAGAAGGUGAAAACAAGGUGCAGGCCAUGCAAGAUCCCGACCCAGAAACUGCUGAGGGUCGUAAACCUGCUGACAAGAGCUUAGAACCCUCAUCGGUCGCAAAGAAGAACGGAACAGGGAGUGAACCUGGUGACGACGAAAAAGGGUUUGUGGACGGGGAGGACGCGAACAACGAAGGGCCAAGGAAACGAAGGCUUCGCCGUAUCCUAGCAGCAGAAGAGCAGAAAGUGUUGAGGUCAUGCAUACCGUUUGGUGACGAAGUGGACAAAAUUUCAGUCUGGGCUUUUGAGGGUAUUAUGCUGGCGACCUUUGCAGUAGCUGCGCCAGUUGUCCGCUACCGCCGUGGAAGGAGCUCUGCGCCGCCAGGGAUGACCCGCCUCCCCGGUUCCGUGUGGUUUUAGCUUCCUCGCUCUUUGAUGUUCACAGCGCUUUCACAGAUUUCACAGAAGAUUCACAUUUCACAGAACUUUCACCAUUUGCCUUGUUGUCAAGCCCAGCUUCUACCUGAUUGUUUCGCGGCUCGGAGGAGGCUCUGUUUCCGCCCCCUCUUUCACACCUCUCCCUCCCUUUCCAUCUCACUCCAUCAGCAGCCUCUAUGAUUAGCUGUUGACUCUCCCCCACUUGAGGAUGUCCCUAUCUCGUGCUCUUGUCCAUGGGCCUCGUUCCACUACUUACCACAUGCAGAAAAGUCAUUUUCUAGCAGAAGAUUCAUUCUCAUUUUGCACAUUUCGUGAGUGGUGGACCGAGGCCGCAUGUCAACGGUAUUAACUCGAUUGACUGGUCGCCCGUGGGCCACUACAUCGUUUGCCUGCUCGGAGAGUAAAUUUUCCUCUUCCUGAGCGAGAGCAUCUUCUCUCGGUCAGCCUCUGUCUUUGAUCGACCAAGUGUUGGGGCCCUCCCUCCCUUGAGGACAUCCUUCUGUCGUCCUCGCGAGCGCGAAGGUUGUCGAGACGAG